AUGAGUGUUGUAAGGCGAAUGUUCACGACCUCGCGGUCCUGUUUGAGCCACGACAAUCCCUUGGGUCUACCUCGAUCUGGUACUCCUCCCUCAUUUCCCCGUCGUCGUGGCUUGCCUGAAAAGCGGCGAAUUCGAGAUGUCAAGAAGAUAGUAGCUGUUUCUUCGGCGAAAGGGGGCGUUGGUAAAUCAACAGUUGCGGUAAACCUUGCCCUGGCUUUUGCUCGCCGAGGCAUCAAAACAGGGAUCUUAGACACCGAUAUCUUCGGUCCAUCAAUCCCAACUCUGCUCAAUUUAUCCGGCGAGCCGCGUCUCGAUGAACACAACUGCCUUGUCCCACUCACAAACUAUGGCCUCAAGUCCAUGUCAAUGGGCUACCUGCUCCCUCAAACGCAGCCGGAUAGUACUACGGGGGAAUUGCCCAUGGACACGACUCCAAUCACCUGGCGUGGCCUAAUGGUCACCAAGGCCAUGCACCAGCUUCUUCACUCGGUCUCCUGGGGACCACUCGACGUCCUGGUGAUGGAUCUUCCCCCAGGCACUGGUGACGUUCAACUGACGAUCAAUCAAGAAAUCAUCAUUGACGGAGCAGUCAUUGUCACAACCCCUCAAGAUAUCGCUCUCCGGGACGCCGUACGUGGUUUUGGCAUGUUCCAGCGCAUGGAUGUACCAGUCCUAGGUAUGGUGCGCAACAUGGCCUACUUCGCAUGCCCAAACUGUGGGCAUCAAACUCGCAUUUUCUCCCAUGGAGAUAGCCAGCACUCCCACGUGCAUGAAACAGACCGAGGGGUGGUUUCAGAAUGCAAGCGCCUCGGGGUCGAUUUCCUGGGUGAUAUCCCUUUGGAUGCGCAAGUCUGCGAAGAUGCGGACCGUGGGAAGCCCACCGUCGUGGCAGAGGAAUCGCUGGAACAGAGUCCUCGCCGUCAGGCCUUCCUCGAUGUCGCCGAACAAAUCGCCACGAAAAUCGGCUUAAAGUGGCAAUAG